AUGGGAAACGUGUGUUGCGGCAAAGCCGACAGUGAGGCUUUCCAGAGCCCCGGCCGCGUCCUCGGCACCGCACCCCCCCAACCGGAGCGUGCCUCAGUUCCAAAGUCGCGGACCGUCGGUGGACCACCGCGCACGCUCGGAGGUAGCGGCCAGGACACCAGCGGCGGUAGCGGUAGCGGUAGCGGUAACAGCAGCGCAGCCGACAAUGCGAGGCAAAAGGCAGCAGAAGCCGCCGAGGCAAGGGCUAAAGCAUCACAAAAGACCUCUGGAAAGCUAAGUGAACAGUUACAGGCGCAGAAGAAGCAAACACGGCAGGACACGUUGAAGGAGGCCAGUAGGAACGAGUUACGUGCUAGGGAUGCAGAUGAGGCUGCCCAAGCGAGAAAUUAUGAUUAA